AUGGGGCGUUCUCUGGAGGCUGAGAAGGAGGAAGGGGCCCCAAAGGUCUUCCUGGCCGUUCCACGCCUCACUGCUUCUCUCAAGUGUACCCUCUGCCACUUUUUGAGGGGUUCCAUUGCGGGUGCCACCGCGAAAACAAUCGUUCACCCGCUGGACAGGGUGAAGAUGCGGCUGCAGAUGAUCCGUAAUGAAGGAUUCUUCUCUCUGUGGAAGGGCAACUCCUCUGCUUUCUGCAGGACCUUCCCCCAUAGCGGCAUCGUCUACUUCUCGUUCGAUCGUUAUUUGGCCGCUCUGCAGCGGCUUUCCCCCGAAGGGGCAAAGGCAAACAGACUCCUCGCCGGUGCAGCUGCAGGGGCCACCUCAACAGUCGUGACUUAUCCGCUGGACGUACUCAACACACGCAUGAGCGUCACCAAGCACCGCUUAAGUUAUCACCAGGUGUCCAUGCUGCGGCAUGAGGGGGCAGCUUCUCUUUAUCGAGGCUUCUUACCAACAAUACUAGGCAUUGUUCCCUACGCUUCCGUUUCCUUCUUCACUUUCGAGACCCUCAAACAACGAUUUCUCGUAAGCAGAAAAUACGAGGCCAGAGGCGAGGAAUUUACGACUCUGCACAGCGUCGUGUGCGGCGGCUUCGCGGGCGCCCUUGGGCAGACUCUCACAUAUCCGCUGGACUCCGUGCGGAAGUUGAUGCAGGCAAACGCCUUUCUCCACAAAUACAGCGAAAAGGGUGCUCUUUGCGAUCGGCGUCUCACAACUUUAGACGCUUUCCGCCAAAUUUACCGUCGGGGGGGUGUGAGGGGUCUGUACAAAGGGGCAUCGCUGUGCUGGGUAAAAGGCUUUUCUGCUGCUGGCAUCUCAUUCAGUCUAAACGAAAGAUAUGCUGGCCUUGCGGGACGAAUGAGGCUGGAAGGGUCUGUGCUCGCCACUUGCCACGCCUUUCCGCCCUGUGCGCACUCAGGGGGUCCCCCACCACGGGCUCUCGCUGAAAAACUAAAACUACACCUAAACACACGAAAAAGCACUCCCCAUCGAAUCGCAUCAAGCUACGAGCUUACUGUAUCCAACGCCACCGUUGCUGCUACCAGGUUUGCACGCGGUAGCGCGACAACUCCCCAAUAUGACGCCGCACCUGCUCCUGCAUCUAGCACUUGCUGCAGCUGUACUGCGCAGUCAAAAGUGAGUGUGGACGCACGCAUUCAUGCAUGCCAAUUACGCAAAGGGAAAACGGCGAAGCGGCGCGCUUCAAGACACACUACACGCAAAAACGCUCGGGGCGCACAUACAGACCCUCGCCUAGCCAAGGGUGCUGUCAAGGUCAGCGCAGCAGCUCCAAACUCAGGACUGACUGCUCAGCUUCCCUCUAGGUGCCAGAUCGUUCACACCGAAAAAGUACACUUGAAAUCGUUGCGCUAA